AUGUCUGAUUCAGAAGAUUCAGGGCCCGAUCAGGAGCAGAUUCAAAGACUUACGGCUCCUGAACCAUCGAAAGAAGAGUUCUUUACAGAGUCACAAUUGAUAUCAGGAUGUCAAGUAUACGCAGAGAAAAACGGGAAAUACAUUUUGGCAGAGGUUCUAGGGAGCCAGCUGAAGCAUGAGAGAAUGCUAUAUUAUGUUCAUUAUGUGCUGUACAACAAGAGAUUGGAUGAACUAAUACCAUUCAAGAAAAUCGAUACUCAUCGACCGUUGUAUAUGCCGAAACCACAGGAGAAACAGGAUAAAAAGCACAAAAAGAAGAAACAAAAGAAGAAAAAAAGUACUAAAGAUACAGAUAAUGAUAAGGGUCAGUCUUUGGAGGAUGAUGAAGUUGACCUAGACCACCUUAACGUCCAGGGUAUAGUAAGGAAAGAGGAUCAACUGAGUAGAGCAGAUGCUAUUAAAAGACUUCGUACUAGUGGCUCGAUGAUUCAAGGAGAUGUUCAUGUAACGGCAAGGAUGAGAAAUUUCAGUAAAGUCUUUAUAGGGAAGCAUGAAGUUGAACCAUGGUAUUUCUCCCCAUAUCCAGUGGAAUUCACCGAGAAGGGAAUUCUCUACAUAGACGAUUUCACAUUAAACUUCUUUGGGUCUAAGAAACAGUUUGAGCGCUUCAGAUCGAAGUCAACUUUGAGACAUCCUCCGGGAAAUGAAAUUUACAGGGAUGACUACGUUUCGUUCUUUGAAAUAGAUGGGAAGAAACAGACAACAUGGUGCAGAAAUCUUUGUUUGAUGUCCAAGCUUUUCUUGGACCAUAAGACUGUUUACUAUGAUGUUGACCCAUUUCUUUUCUACUGUAUGACAAGAAGGGAUGAGUACGGAUAUCAUCUAGUGGGGUACUUUUCCAAGGAAAAAGAGAGUGCCGAUGGUUACAAUGUUGCCUGUAUUUUGACUCUUCCGAUGUAUCAGAGACAUGGAUAUGGUAAGUUGUUGAUUCAAUUUUCGUACGAACUUUCCAAAAUGGAGGGAAAAGUCGGGUCACCGGAAAAACCUCUUUCCGAUCUUGGUUUACUUUCGUAUAGAGCCUAUUGGACAGAGACGAUAUCUAGGCUGCUUAUUGAGAACCACGUUUCGGAGAUUAGUAUAGACGAGAUCUCACAAAUGACGUCAAUGACAACAACAGAUAUCUUACACACUCUACAGAUCUUGAACAUGCUAAAAUAUUACAAGGGGCAGCAUAUAAUAUGCCUAAGCGAUCAGGUCAUAAAUACAUAUAACAGGCUACGGAAGAAGAAGAGACACACAAUAGAUGCCUCGAAACUAGUUUGGAAACCUCCUGUUUUUACUGCUGCGCAGUUAAGAUUUGGAUGGUAG